AUGACUAGCUACUCUGCCGCCAUCAAAUCAUCACUGGGAUCACAGGACAGCAGCACGACGAGCCAGGCCGGCACCGUCAAAGGCAGUUCAACUCGCCAAAACAUAAGUUCGACUACCACAAGAAGAUCUCCUUCGCCUUCUCAACAACCAAAAAAGGCCACUCAAGACGAAGCGGUCUACAUCCUGACCAUUUUGACCGAUCAACCGCACCACGAGCGCAUGACAGCACUUCGGAAGAAGUACUUCCCUCGAAAGCUGAACAAGCUCGACGCCCAUCUAACGUUGUUUCACGCCUUGCCCGAGGGUAGACUCGAGGGCACUAUCCUUCCGACCAUUCGGCAAGUUGCGAGUCAGACGGAGCCGUUUAGCAUCAACGCCCGAACGCCUGUUCAAUUAGGCAAGCAUGGAAUAGGCAUCUUUGUGCCACGAGGACAGGGUGGCGACCACAUCGGCCAAAUCCAUGGUGCUCUCAAGGAGCCGUGGAAGCGAGAGGGUUUCCUGAGCGUGCAGGAUUCGGGGGGUGUCAAGGCUCAUUACACGGUAAUGAACAAGGUGGACGACGAGGCUGAGGUAGAGGCUGCUUAUGCGGAGCUCAAGAAGAGCUUCUAUGGAGACGAAGGGACGGGAGAAGGAAUCGGCUUGUGGAGGUACGACCGGGGGUGGUGGAAAUGGGUGGAUGGGUUCAAGUUUGGAGCGUAA